CACUGAGCCAAACCGGUUUCGGCCAUUUGUAUAUCUUUGGAGAAAUGUUGAGUUUGGUCCUUUCUCCUUUUUUAAAAUUGGAUUGCUUGUCUAUUACUGAGUUGUAAGAGGUCUUUAUAUAAAAGUCCCUUACCAGAUACAAGAUUUGCAAAAUGUUCAUAGCCCUUGGCUGCAAGUGGAGAUAUUGCUGUGAAGUGAGGAUUCAUUGUGCUCCUCAUAGAAAGAUGACCUACCUGGCUUGGGGAAUUGUACCUCAACUAUUACUUAAGCUGUACCUCUACUAUAAUUAUUUAUAAUGUACAUGCAGUUUAUGAUUAUGUGAGGAGAAUUUUCUGAGUCCUGAGGUUUUCAUCAUUACUCAGUUUUGACAUUUUUAAUCUAAUUUUUGCUUUUUUUGUUUUAACCUGAGGUUUCACUUAGUUCUGAGUCUUUUUGCUCCUUGCUUUAUUUUAGGACAGUGAUUUUUUAAGAUUCGGGUUGCAUGUGUCAUUGCUCCUUUUUAUGCUUAAUUUGUGAGACAGUAUUUUAAACUUUAUGUGGUCCUGCCUGGGUAGCUCAGUUGGUUAGAGCUUCUUCCCCAUACGUUAAGGUUGUGGGUUCAAUCCCCAAUCAAAGCACAUACAAGAAUCAACCAGUAAAUGCAUAAAUAAAUGGAACAAGUCAAUGUGUUUCUCUCACUCGCUUUCUCUUUUCUUCUUUCUCAAAUCAAUAAAAUUUUUUAAAAAUAACAAACUUUCUUAUACUGUCAACCAAAGUUAUUUUGUUUUUUAAGAUGGAUUUAGACUGAGAAAUUGCCCUCAUAGAAAAGAAAAUUUUGAAAACAAUAAUAAACUUUUCUCCAUACUUUUCCAUGGAUCUAAUCCCAUUUUAAAACUGGUAUAGUGGGAACUCUGCACCCUGUGGAAAUAAUUUGUCAUUAAUGUGUAGACAUGGGCACUUAACUCCAAACUAUGUUUGUUGUACUUAAAAUACCACUUUACUCAGCACUUAACUUUGACUAGGCACUAAAUUGAAUAAUUUAUUGAGUGGUUUACAAAUGUACAUAAAUGUAUUACCUUCCCUAUAAACUUAAGUCAAGUACUGGAGUUAUCCCUAUUUUGCAAGUGAGUCAACUGAGGUGAGAGUGACUUGUCCAGCUAUUACACAGCAGAGCUGUGACUUGAAGAAAGCCCAGUCUAUCAACCUACCAGGUAAAAAAUGUUGUUAGCCCAAAUAAAUCGAGAUUCUCAGGGAAUGACAGAGUUUCCUGGAGGAGGAAUGGAGGCUCAGCAUGUUACCCUGUGCCUGACAGAGGCAGUAACUGUGGCAGAUGCUGAUAAUUUAGAAAAUAUGGAAGGUGUAAGCUUACAAGCAGUAACACUUGCAGAUGGUUCUACCGCUUAUAUACAACACAAUUCUAAAGAUGGAAAACUCAUAGAUGGCCAGGUCAUUCAGUUGGAAGACGGUUCCGCUGCCUAUGUUCAACAUGUACCCAUACCUAAAAGUACAGGGGACAGUUUACGUCUAGAGGAUGGUCAAGCCGUGCAGUUAGAAGAUGGAACUACAGCCUUUAUUCACCAUACCUCCAAAGAUAGUUAUGACCAGAGCGCAUUACAGGCAGUUCAGCUGGAAGAUGGCACCACGGCUUACAUCCACCAUGCAGUGCAAGUCCCACAGUCUGAUACCAUCCUAGCAAUUCAGGCUGAUGGUACCGUGGCAGGUCUGCAUACUGGGGAUGCCACAAUUGAUCCUGAAACCAUCAGUGCUUUGGAACAGUAUGCAGCAAAGGUAUCCAUUGAUGGAAGUGAAAGUAUAACAGGUACUGGAAUGAUUGGAGAAAAUGAGCAAGAGAAAAAAAUGCAGAUUGUCUUACAAGGACAUGCAGCAAGAGUAACUGCGAAAUCUCAACAGAGUGGAGAGAAGGCGUUUCGAUGUGAAUAUGAUGGAUGUGGAAAAUUAUAUACAACAGCUCAUCAUCUUAAGGUUCAUGAGAGGUCACACACGGGAGACCGGCCUUAUCAGUGUGAGCAUCCUGGCUGUGGGAAAGCAUUUGCAACAGGUUAUGGAUUAAAAAGUCAUGUCAGAACUCAUACAGGAGAAAAGCCAUAUCGGUGUUCAGAAGAUAAUUGUACUAAAUCCUUUAAAACUUCAGGAGAUCUACAGAAACAUAUCAGAACUCAUACAGGAGAAAGACCCUUUAAAUGUCAUUUUGAAGGCUGUGGUCGGUCUUUUACGACAUCAAAUAUCAGAAAAGUGCAUAUUAGGACACACACAGGAGAAAGACCUUAUUACUGCACAGAACCGGGAUGUGGAAGGGCAUUUGCCAGUGCAACCAAUUAUAAAAACCAUGUGAGGAUACACACAGGGGAAAAGCCAUAUGUUUGUACAGUCCCUGGGUGUGAUAAAAGGUUUACAGAAUAUUCUAGUUUGUAUAAACAUCAUGUUGUUCACACUCAUUCCAAACCUUACAACUGUAACCACUGUGGGAAGACAUAUAAGCAGAUCUCCACGCUGGCCAUGCACAAACGGACCGCCCACAACGACACAGAGCCAAUCGAGGAGGAGCAGGAGGCCUUCUUUGAGCCUCCCCCAGGUCAAGGUGAAGAUGUUCUUAAAGGGCCCCAGAUCACAUAUGUCACAGGUGUAGAAGGGGAUGAUGUUGUGUCUACACAAGUAGCCACGGUAACCCAGUCUGGGUUGAGUCAACAGGUUACACUCAUAUCCCAGGAUGGGACUCAACAUGUCAACAUAUCUCAAGCUGACAUGCAAGCCAUUGGCAAUACCAUCACAAUGGUAACGCAGGAUGGCACGCCCAUCACAGUCCCUGCUCACGAUGCAGUCAUCUCCUCAGCAGGGACACACUCAGUUGCUAUGGUAACUGCCGAGGGUACAGAAGGGCAGCAGGUUGCAAUUGUGGCUCAGGACUUGGCAGCAUUCCACACUGCCUCAUCAGAAAUGGGGCACCAGCAGCACAGCCAUCACUUAGUAACCACAGAAACCAGACCUCUGACCUUAGUGGCAACAUCCAAUGGUACCCAGAUUGCAGUUCAGCUUGGAGAACAGCCAUCUCUGGAAGAAGCCAUCAGAAUAGCAUCCAGGAUCCAACAAGGAGAAACACCAGGGCUGGAUGACUAAUCCCGAGAGCAGUAAAGCCAGGGGAGCCUUUCAUCUUCAGGCAGCAGAGCUCCAGGAAGCCCGGAACCCAGGAAAAUGAUAACUUUUCCAUUCCUCAACACUGUACACGUUUUUAUGCAAGAGUGGAGAACAUUUUAUUCUUGACACUUUUGUGCAUAUAACCCUUGGAAUAGAUUUCCAAACUGAUUCAUUGUGUACAAGGAAGUAUGAAAUUAGGGCAAUCCAGUAAAUUUUCACAUUACUCUUUUAUCACAUUGCAGACUCCUAGAGUCUUUAUGUAAGACAGUGAAGUCUUACCGAGACUUAGGGUGGAUUUUUAACUUACUGUGAAAAAAACACACACAAAUAAAGGCUAUGUCUAAAAUAUCAAAGGUUCUAUAUGUCACACAAUCAUAAUUCCAAAAGCCAUCAUGGAUAAUAAAGAAUGUAAAGCCUUCAAAUAUUUCCCCCGGUUAGUAGAGUGUCUGCAGCUUUUGUUCUACUGUAUAUUUGUCUGUUUUUAUUUGUGUCUCAUGGUUUGAAGACUGUUCAUUAAGGCUUCCAUUCCUGUUAAUUACCAGCUCUUCAAGCUGAAAUGCUAAUUAUAUUAGCACUACAUUGGAUUAUGUAUAAAAUUACAAAGUUUGGUUACUUAAAAUUAAAAAGCUAAAUCCAGUACUUUGGUUUUGUUAAAGACUUUACUUAGUGUUCAUGUUUUUGUUACUGUUUUUAAAAAAAAUAAUGCACUAUCAAAGUUUGACCACAAUCUGGAGCCCAGAUAACAGUGGCUUUACUCUGAAAAUAAGGUUAGUGGGUUGGUGUAAAUUAUUUAUUUUUUUGCUUAUGUACUUUUGUUUUAAAGCUUAUUUACCCUAAAGUUUAUUAUUUUGAAUACAGCAAUUUUUAAAAUGUUA